AUGUUAAUUUUUGGAUUCGAACUUCCUCCCGGUCAAGAGAAUGUUGAUAAAUUGGAGAAAGUUGUAAAAGAUGGGAAUUAUUAUGGAGCUCAACAGAUGUAUAAAUCCAUCAGUGCCUGGUUCAAACAAUUUCAAGUUUAUUUUAUCAUUGUUAUGCUUUUAGUGAGCUUUUUGGGUAGGUGUUAUCCGGGGGAAGAUGAUUUGGCCAUUGCUCGGGCUGUGUUAAGCUAUUUAUCUUUACGUAAUUUGAAGGAUGCAAACAUACUAGUGGAUGCGAUAAAGAAGCAAACUCAAGCUUCUGAGGUUGAGUUUCCAAAGACCGACUUGAUGCAAUUCAUCAAUUUUCUUUUGCAAACGAUGGAAAGAUAUUGUUUUCCUCUUUUUAAUAUGUUGAGAGCCAACUUCAAGUCAUGUAUUGAGAGGGAACCCGCCUUCAAUGAGUUGCUAGACGAUAUUGCGGAGAAGUUUUAUGGCCUACAGAGAAGGAACCCUAUGGGAAUGUUUGGGGAUAUAUUCAAGAUGAUGGGAGCUAAAUAG